UCGUAGAGCAUCCUCAGCAUCGUCCUUCGCACUUGGGGAACAAUCGGAGGUCGAGAGGAAGAUUCUUUUCCUUCGCGCUUCUGUGACAACCUGCGCUCCUCUCGGAAGCAUCUCUCCUUCACGCCUUAGCGCCUGAUUCUCACUGAAGGUGUAUUCGUCGUCGGCCAGCUGUUGAGCCCGGUAGUUCAUGCUGCGCCGUCUGCAGGUAUUUUUUGUCGUGAACUCUAUCUGCACUGGAUUCGUUCCUCCAGUCGUUGGAUCUUUGGAUCGUCUUCUUCGAGCCCCUCCACCUGCACUUGGCCGACUUCCUCGCUCGGGUUCGCAUCGGAAUCCAUUUCGCACUGGGGCUAUGAGACCAGUUAACCUCCCCCGACAGGCAAUGCAUACCUUUGCUUGGCCGACGUUAACGCCUUCGAGUUAGGUGACUCACGUACCCUGUAAGCGUUGUCCUUCUCUCUCUCUCUCUCUCUCUCUCUCUCUCUCUCUCUCUCUCUCUCUCUCUCUCUCUCUUUACGACUCUGCUGCCGAAAGGAUUGUGUGAGACAACGUGUUGCAUUGAAUCAUAAAUCGAUUCGGGAAUAUGAUGAAUGCCCAAUGUCCUCAUGCCUCCCUGAAGUUUAUGGUGAUCGGGGCGUCUCUAUGAUGUGCCGAAGCUAACGCAGAGUGUAUCUACACACGCACACACACACACAGACACACACACACACACACACACACACACACACACUCACACGCGUGCGCGCGCGCGAGCGCGAGGGUCGAACCCGCUGUUUUUACUCAUCUGCUUCAGUCAGUGGAGCUCGAACACAGGUCUGUGUUUCAACAGUUUAAGGUGUACCAACUGAGAUAGGCCUCUGUUGGUUUGAGCUCUCUUUGCAUUUACUUUAGCUUUCCGAGUGCACAGAUGGCUGUAGUUAUGGAAUCAAGAUGCACAGAGUGUCGGUUCCCCCCGUCUUCUUUUUCUCCCUCCUCCUCCUCCUCCUUCCGAAUAAGCCUCUUCGUCCUGCUGCUCAUCGUCUUCGCAUACCAAGUGCAAACUGCCUCCAGUUGUCCUCGCGCUUUGGAAAUGCUCACGCCAUUUUCGUCGUCUAAUCUCUCUCUCUCCCCCCCACUACCUCCCAACUCCCCUCCUCGUCAUUCAUUCUCUUUCGAUUACGAGAUGGCCGGCCGCGACUGGCCGGGCAUUUGCACAGACCCCUCUUGUCGAUUUCAGACCCCUGUAAACAUCGACGUGAGGGAGGUGGUUGACGCGCCACAGCUAGGAGACCUCCUCUCCAGAGCUCACUAUCCGGUCCUGAAGGGCAAUUUGUCCCUCUUCCAUGACAACGGCACCUUCUUCUUCUCUCUCCCCCAAACACACAGCUACGUCAAGGUUCCGAUGUUCAAGAUGAAGAAGCCUUUCGACCCCCAGUCUUCUUCAACGUGGGACCCUAACAACUACGGCCCUGGAGGGUCGGCUACCACCAGCAAGGAUGACGAAGAUGACGUCAACGAUAGCGACAGUGAUGAAGAUGAUGAAGACGGCAGCGAUGGUGAAGCUGAUGGCUAUGGCGGCGAGGAUCAAGGCGAUGGCGAUGGCGAUGGCGAGGACGAGAGUGGUAGUAGCAGUACUCGCAAGUCGAAGUCGGGCACGAAAUGGCUCAAGUUGAAGCUUGUGGAGUGUCACGUUCAUUCGCUUUCGGAGACCUCUGUCGACAGCAAACAAGCGGACUUAGAAAUGCACUGCGUGCACCAGCGGUCUGGUUCUCGUGUCCCAGUGUUCGCCGUCUUGGGGAUCUUGAUGAACAGAGACGAGUCUGAGAUAUGCUCUCCGUUCUUAGAUAAGAUAGUGGCUGCGCUGCCUGAUCUGCUGCAACGAUCGGUGAGGGACAGCAUGUCUGUGGACGUGGGUCCGUCCUUUUCCCUCCGUGCGUUCCUGCCCCUCGACGGACGUUAUUUCCACUUUUACCCAGGCAGCCUGACCACUCCUCCCUGCGAGGAGGGCCUUCUCUGGUACAUCUUCAAACAGCCCCUGCCGAUCUGCCGUCGACACCUGGAUCGAAUCCGGGACUUUAUCCACAGUUUAAAUGGGGAACGGAUUGACAAUUACCGGGUCGUGCAGCCUUUGAAUGGCCGUGUUAUCUACUCGUGGACGCCCUGGGUUCUGUUUGGCAAUGAGCAUCCUGUGGUGGAAGUGUCCUUAGUCGCACCUCUGUACCGGAUGCGCAAAAGAGUAGUGCCCACUCGCGGUGGGACGUCCACCACCCCCUACACGAAGGAGGAGGAGGAGAAGAUGGCCGCCCUUCUACAGGAGAAGAAGGAGAAAAAGGAGGCCAAGAAGAGGGUCUUGAAGGAGGAGCAGGCGGCCAAACUGAAGAAGAUGGAAGAAGAAAUGGCCAGAGAGAAAGAGAGGUUGAAAAAGGAAGAAGAAGAGAAACUGAAGGAGGUGGAUGAAGAAGAGGAAGGACCGCCACUGCAAAGGAGUAGUGGGCAGCCCAGUAGUAAUACCGGUGGAGACUUAGAGAAGAGGAUAUCUGAAUGGGUUGCCAACCUGACUGUGGGAGAAGAGGAAGAGGUUAGUAUGUACAUCCCGCAGGAUCAGCAAGAAGCCGCCAUGAAGGCUUGGGAGGCAGAGAAAGACCCUCUGAAACGUCAAGCAUUGGAAGACGAGAAGAGGAUGGAAUGAAAAUUAGCGAUGAUGCGGGAGAAGAAGAGGAGAAUUGACAAGGCAGCGGAGGCGGCAGAGGCCUUAGAAGAGGUGAAGAACAUAGAGAUGCAAUUAGCCG